UGAAAUCUUUUGCUGUUAGAUUUUUGAUGACAAGUUGAAUUUACUGAUCUUGUCUGAGCUGUUUCAAGUGUUCUGUGAAAGAACCUGAGAACUGUAUGAACUGAGGAGAAAUGUUCCAUAUUAUAUGACCACCUGUGCCCCUGUUCAAAUACACGUUUGUAUGGUUAUUUUGGGGGUCCUGGAUUGUAAAGUUUGGAAACCUGUUGCAUAAGCAGGCGAAAAUUGACAGAGCAAUAUUGAUACACAAAAUUAUUACUUUUUGUAACCUUAUAAAUGUUAAGUUCCCCUUCAUAGAGUCUUACAGUGUCAGAGUUAAGAAGUGCGUGUGAGUCCUGCGUCACCUGGAUACUGACGACAGGUGUGGUGAGAUAUAAAAUUCCUCUUCCUGUUCACCACAUCAGUUUGGACGGUGCUGCCUCAGAGGAACAACAUGAGCCAGUCUGCUGAAGAAGAUUCAUCCACAGAACCAUGUGAUACUGUAGUAUCAACAGCAGAACCAAAGGUGUUCAAUGAUCCUAUCCACGGUCAAAUGGAGUUUCACCAUUUUCUGGUUAAAAUCAUAGACACGCCUCAGUUUCAGAGGCUUCGAUACCUCAAACAGCUGGGAGGGGCCUAUUUUGUUUACUCAGGAGCAUCUCACAACCGAUUUGAACACUGUCUCGGAGUGGCUUAUUUAGCAGGACGGCUUGUGCAAAGUUUAAGAGAGAAACAACCAGAACUUGGUAUUACUGACAGAGACAUACUUUGUGUACAAAUUGCUGGUCUCUGCCAUGAUCUGGGACAUGGACCUUUUUCCCACAUGUUUGAUGACAUGUUCAUACCAAAAGCUUUAAAAAUGAAUCUAAUGAAUCUUUGGAUGAAAUGAAAAAGCAUGAGCAAAGAUCAGUUAUGAUGUUUGAUCACAUUGUGAAAUAUCUACACGACACAUAUCGUUUUGACCUGAAAUCCGAGUUGAACAAGCUGGAUCCGAACACUGAUGGUGAUGACCUGGAAUUUAUCAAAGAGAUGAUUAACGGGCCAGAAGAAAAUGGACAUUACAAAGGACGCCCGUCAAACAAAUCUUUCCUCUAUGAGAUAGUCGCAAACAAAAGGAAUGGCCUCGAUGUGGACAAGUUUGACUAUUUUGCCAGAGAUUUCCAUCACCUUGGAAUUAAGAACAGCUUUGACCACAAUCGCUACAUUACAUUUGCCAGAGUCCUUGAGGUGGACGGUCAAUGGCAGAUCUGCACAAGAGACAAGGAGGUCCCCAAUAUUUAUGAAAUGUUCCAUAUGAGGAGUUCUCUCCACAGAAAGGCCUACCAGCACAAAACCAAUAAGGUCACUGAGCUCAUGAUCAGAGAUGCCUUACUUAAAGCAGAUAAAACAUACAAGAUUUCUGAAGCUAUAGGCGACAUGGAGAAGUACACUGAGCUCACAGAUGGCAUCUUUGAAAAAAUACUUUACUCCACUGAAGAAGAGCUCAAGGAUGCACGAGAAAUACUACAAAAUAUUCAUUCUCGGAAACUGCACAGAUGUCUAGGAGAGACUAAACUGACAGAUGAGCUUGCCACAAAGAAAAAAGAUGACUUUGAAAUAAUUAAAAAAAAAUGGAAAUCUGAACUGGCAGCAAUGCCCACUUAUAAAGACGAAGAACGACUGAGCGAAAGUCAUUUUGAAAUCAUUGUCACUACCUUUGACUUUGGAAAAAAAGAAAAAAACCCUAUGGAUAACCUGAAUGUCUAUAACAAGUUUGACAAUAAGAAAGGAUUCAAGGUCCCCCGUGAGCAGGUUUCUCAGUUUCUCUUGCCACAUAAGUUUUCUGAGAAAUGGAUCAGUGUCUAUUGUACGAGCUUGGAUGAAAACACUCAGAGAGUCGCUCAGAGGAAUUUUUACGAGUGGUGCCAAAGGAAUAACUUGAACCUUUCUCCGAGGCCACCUCAGCUGCAGAAAGAUGAUCCACAACCAAAGGUGUUCAAUGAUCCUAUCCAUGGACAUAUGGAGUUUCAUCCUAUUCUGGUUAAAAUCAUAGACACACCUCAGUUCCAGAGACUUCGAUACAUCAAACAGCUGGGAGGGAGCCUAUUUCGUUUACCCAGGAGCAUCUCACAGCAGAUUUGAACACUCACUUGGAGUGGCACACUUAGCCGGGCUGUUUUUGAAAGCUUUACAAAAGGAUCAACCAGAAAUUAUUGAUGACAAGGACAUACUUUGUGUGCAAAUUGCUGGUCUUUGCCAUAACCUUGGACACGGACCUUUUUCAGAUGUGUUUGACAGAAUCUUCUUUAAAAAACACAACCCAGACCUUGAUUGGAAGUUACAGAGGAGCGAACUGUCUGCUGAACUUUUCGAAGAAAUCGCAGGAACUGUGCUUCAGACGGAUCUGUCAGAUGAUGACAAGA